AUGACUAUCACCGCUUUCUUCGAGGUCGAAUACAGCGAUCCGAAGCUCGAGAAAGCUCAACCUGGCGCGACCAAAAAAGGACGCAUCAACUUCAACCUCUACGACGAUGUAGUUCCCAAGACUACCGAGAACUUCCGUGCUCUUUGCACUGGUGAGAAGGGCUUCGGCUACAAAGGCAGCGCGUUCCAUCGUAUCAUCCCAUCCUUCAUGCUCCAAGGUGGAGAUUUCACCCGUGGUAAUGGCACUGGUGGUAAAUCCAUCUACGGCGAAAAGUUUGCCGAUGAGAACUUCAAGAAAGCCCACACCCGACCGGGUCUCCUCUCCAUGGCGAACGCUGGUCCCAACACUAACGGAUCUCAAUUCUUCAUCACCACCGUUGUCACCUCUUGGCUCGAUGGCAAGCACGUCGUCUUUGGUGAGGUUGCCGACGAAGACAGCAUGAAGGUCGUCAAAGAGCUCGAGGCCCUAGGCUCUGGCAGUGGUCAAGUCAGCACAAGAUUCAAGCCCACCAUCGUGGACUGUGGUGCCCAGUAG